UAAUAAGUUUCCUUCUCUGACUCACUUCUUCAAUUCCGAGAUAACUUCCUAAACACUCUCCCGUCUCCCUCUCAAUUCUGAUUUCUGAGAUCUGUGCUAUCUUCUUCCUUUCGUUGCUUUUACCGAAUUCGAAAUCCCUAAUUUCAACGAGCACUCUCAAGCUGCUGCUCAAGGUGCCACCAUUUAUGGAUCCAGACCCUCCUAAACCUCCAAAAAGGGUUCAUAAAUAUGUUCCAAAACCUCAGAAAACUCGGAAAUCCGUUUCAACUGCAAUUGGCGAUGAUGGCGGAACGGAGCGAUUCCUUGCCCGCGGAGUUUCGGGGUAUCUAGCAAAGCCGGGAGCAAAAGUGGAGAAGAAAUCUCCAGUGCAAGUUGCCUUUUCACACGAAGUUGAAUCAAGUACCAUAACAGGCUCAAGCAGACAAAGGCGAAGGGCUGAUGGUGGAAGUUCUUCAGCCUACUCAGAAGCAUCUACCACCGGUGAAAUGCAAGAUCAUUUUACUUCUACAUCUUCUGCAAGAAUACAAGGAGUCACUGACAAUAUUGUUGAUGAAACUGGUGCUACUACUGUGAAGAAGAAAAAAGAAUAUCGAGCCCCUUGGGAUUAUAAUAGUUUGUAUCCUACUGAACUACCUCUUAGGAAACCUCAUUCUGGAAAUCCAGAAAUUCUUGAUAAAGCUGAAUUCGAGGAAGCUAAGGAGUAUGAUGAAAAAUCUCUAAAUCCUGCUUCAAUUCUUGGCUUGCUGGAAAAAGACGAUACACCUAGGAUGCUAGUUUUCAAGUUUCCUUCCAAUCUUCCUGUAGGCAGAGCACCAGGAUAUGCCAACAGAAUAGAAACAGAUGAUAACUUGAGAGCAGUAGAAAAAUCAGUGAAAAUCGGGAAAGGAAAGGAGAAAGUAAUGGUUGGCAGUGUUGCAAAAUCUUCUGGCAACUCUAAUGGCAUAAAAGGGAAAGAAAUAGCUGGAAGCUCCAUAAUGAGUGGUUCUCCAUGUAAAAAAGAUACCAGUUUGGAGGAGUUUCCUGAGGGAUACAUGGGCAAGAUGUUGGUCUACAAAAGUGGUGCUGUUAAGUUCAAGUUAGGAGAUAUCAUGUAUAAUGUUUGUCCUGGUACUGCCUGCACUUUCCAUCAAAAUGUUAUGGCGGUCAACAUAAAGGAUAAACGGUGCUGUAAUUUGGGAGGACCAGACAUGACAGCUGUUGUGACUCCCAACAUCGACUCCCUGUUAAGUAGCCAGAUGGAUUGAUUUGGGUUAGCAGCGUCGUACUUAGCAACUAUAUGCAGAUCCAAGUAGCUAACUUGCGUUCGUGAUGCAUGACCAAGACAUACAGCUUCACCUGUAAAUUUGAUUGUACAAAUGUGUAGAAUGGCUCAGAUAUAUUUAUUGUUGCAUCAUUUUGUAGGAGUUAUUACUAUUCUGAAUUACCUAUUCUGCACAAAGUUCUCAUCUCUCUUGAGUCU